UUUCCGGCGUGCCCUGAAGGCAGCAUCUGAUCCCGAAGCCUGCAGAUGAAAAAGGUUUCUUUCUCCGUCAUGUUCUAGUUUUUUUUUGGUCAUGGCUAAACAGUACGACGUCUUGUUCAGGUUGCUUCUCCUCGGAGACUCCGGAGUGGGGAAGACCUGCAUGCUGCGAAGGUUCACGGAAGGUGAAUUUGAUCCUUCGCAUAUUUCCACCAUCGGAGUGGAUUUUAAAAUGAAAACUAUAGAGAUCGAUGGACUCAGGGUCCGAGUACAGAUUUGGGACACCGCUGGACAGGAGCGCUAUCAGACUAUCACCAAACAGUACUACAGGCGGGCCCAGGGUAUUAUAUUUGUGUAUGACAUCACAGACAGGGCGUCUUUUCAGCACAUAGCGAAGUGGGCCGGUGAUGUAGAUGAAAACGCUCCAGAUGAUGUUCAAACCAUUUUGGUUGGAAACAAAGCAGAUGAAGAGUGCAGCAGACAAGUAACAAAGGAACAAGGACAAAAGCUAGCAGAAACCUACGGCAUGGAGUUCUUUGAGGCCAGCGCUUCCACCAGCAGCAACAUCAGCGAGUCAUUCAUACGUGUGACAGAACUGGUUCUUCAAGCUCAAAAGAGAGACGUGGACAACCUUCUGGGGUCUCUGGACAGCUAUUUGGAUCAGGUCGCUCUGCAGGAAGAGAAGAGCAGUCAGGAUAAUCACACACAGAGGACUUGUGCCUGUUAAAGGAUGAAGGCUGUAGGAAUAUCUAAGGUUACAUCUUUUUAACUGCUUACUGACUGCUUAAAACAUAACUUCACACACUGGAGGGCGCUGGAUCUCUUAAUUUUUUAAUGUAGGUUGCAAAGGAUGCAGUAAACAGCAGCUGCCAGCAGAGGGCGUGUCUGGCUGAAUGAACAGGAAAUUUUGGUGCCAGAUAAGUGUGUUCAACUCAAAUUAAUUCUCUCUUCAAAUGUGGAUUUUUACUAUAUAUAUAUGCAUCAUGGGUUUAUCACUGGAUUUAUUUACUUUUUGAUUUUUAUUGUCAUUUUUAUUAUUAGUUGAUACUCAAAGGAACAUUAACAACCAUAUUUUUUCAAUGACUAUUACAGAAAGGUCAGAUCACGGAUCUAAUUUAUUAAGCUAGAAACUCGAACCAAAUUGGGGUAGUUUCAUUUAAUCUGUGGACUUUCGCCUCAAAGGAAACACAGCUGUACCAUGUGGAGGAAUAUUUAUCAAAAUGUUGCUUUAAGAACUCAUUUUUCAAUACUUUUGGAAAAUUGAAGACAUGUCUUACACUGAAAAUACUGCUACAGACAAGGAGAUUCAUGUUUCUUAAGGAGAUUGUUGAUGUUUGUUAUAAAAUUCUAAAUAAGAACUGAAAUGUUAAUGUAAAACAACUGUUUCCAUGUUUAAACAAAACAAAAUUGUCAAUCUUAAGAGUCAUUUUAUCAGGACUGCAUUGAUGUUAGGUUUACGGGGAGUUCAGUUAGUAGCCUCAUAUAAUUUUCAUCAGAUCCUGGCAGAUGUAGCUGAUUGUUUUAAUUUUUGAUGACUAAGAAAGCUGAUACACGUACAAAGAGCUGCAGAAUAGCCAAACACACUAAAUUAAACUAGCUUCUCAAACGAGUUCUGUCAUUUUUUUUAUUUUCUACACUUUAUUUA